AAGCAGGGUGGGGCUAGGUGCGCGUGCGCGGUUUUAACACUCCUCCCCAAACUGCCAACUCUUCGCGCAAGCGGGGUAGACGCGCCUUCCGUGGGUUUACGCGUGCGCACUAGCGGGCCUGGCUCCGGAAGACCAGACGCCUGCGCAGUGGGGGCUACGGUGACAGUCCCCUGGCUGGGACGCCGGCCAGUCAUGGCGGAGCCUUGGUCUGGGCAGUCCUUGCAGGCUCUGCCGGCCACGGUGCUGGGCGCUCUGGGCGCCCUCGGCAGCGAGUUCCUGCUGGAGUGGGAGGCGCAGGACACGCGCGUGACCUUCUUCAAGCUGCUGCUGCUUUGGUUGGUGUUAAGUCUCCUGAGCAUCCAGCUGGCGUGGGGGUUCUACGGGAGUACGGUGACCGGGCUGUAUCACCGGCCAGGUCUGGGCGGCCAGAACGGAUCCACACCUGAUGGCUCCACGCAUUUCCCUUCCUGGGAAACAGCAGCAAAUGAACCUCUUAAAACCCACAGAGAAUAAGGGAAGGCAGCAGAGGGGUCUCCAGGAACAUCACCAGCCUUUGCCUAGGCUGUCUUUGCAGAGUGCACUGGAGUAGGACUAUGCUGAGCUCAUGCACGAGUACUCCGGAGUAUCUUCUGGCUGGUGGGAUGAUGGUUCUGAAGCCCCAGGCCUACCCAUUGACAACAAACACCACACUCAGAAUUGGUCCCAUAUUUCACCCCAGGCUCAACUGAGGAUGUGGCUUAUUAAACAUGGAAGUGCA